AUGGCUGCACAGGAGGAAAAGGAGGAAAAGGCAGCCCAUGUUGUACGGGGUACAACAUCUGAGGCCAACGAUAACCAAGUUGCUCACGAUGUGCUUCGAUUAGCAGAAAUGGGAUAUCAGCAAGAGAUGAGCAGAAAGUUCUCGCCCUUGUCGGUUCUCGCACUUGGUUUCUCGUUGACAAACUCUUGGUUUGGCCUUUCUUUCUCUUUGGCAACCGGCAUUAGCUCUGGAGGCCCGGUGGUAUUGAUCUACGGCCUGAUGAUAACAGCAACAAUCUCUCUGGCCGUGGCCAUCAGUCUUGCGGAAUUGGCCAGCGCAUACCCUAACUCUGGCGGCCAGUACUUUUGGGCCAAGGUUCUGGCUCCUCCAAAGUACGCUCCUAUCGCGAGCUAUUUGACUGGGUGGUUUUCUUUUGCAGGAUCAAUCUUCACAUCGGCGUCAAUUGCUCUCGGUAUGGCAUCAGGAAUCGUAGGGCUGUACCAACUGACCCAUCCUGACUUCGUUAUAGAAGCGUGGCAUGUCGUCGUUACGUACGAGCUUUUCAUUUUUUUCUGCUACUUCUUAAAUACGUGGGGGAAAGGUCUUCCAGCACUCAACAAAGCCAGUUUGUACAUGUCACUGGCUGCGUUCAUCACAAUCCUCAUUGCGGUUCCCGCUUCCUCGCCAACACAUCAGUCAAGCCGAUUUGUGUUCACUGAAUUUAUCAACAACACGGGAUGGGAGGCGCAGGGUGUCGCCUUUCUAAUCGGUCUCAUCAAUGCCAACUAUCCUUUUGCCGCUCUGGACUGCGCUACGCACAUUGCUGAAGAAGUCAAGAAUCCUGAACGGGCAAUUCCGAUUUCACUGCUCGGCACCGUUGCGAUUGGUUUCACAACCGCCUGGACAUUUGUCAUCUCCAUGAUGUUUUCAAUCCAGGAUUUAGACAGCGUUCUAAAUACGCCGACUCUAGUACCGAUUAUUGAAAUAUUUAGCCAAGCAAUGGGGACCACCGGAGCAAUAGCACUCGAGACCCUCAUCAUCCUGACAGGCGUGGGCUGCUUGGCAACUUGCCAUACAUGGCAAGCUCGUUUGUGUUGGAGUUUCUCUCGGGAUAACGGCUUACCAUUUUCCUCACACCUCAGCAAAGUGAAUCAGACACUUGACGUGCCACUGGUAGCACACACUGUUGGGGUUGUUCUCAAUGCCCUGACCGGCUUGCUCUAUCUAGGCAGUAGUGUCGCAUUCAACUCGCUCGUGGGUGCGACUAUUGCCCUAUUAUACAUUAGCUACAGUAUUCCUGUUGCCUGCCAGCUGUUUCGCGGCCGUGAGAAAACCCAGCGUGGGCCGUUCUGGUUCGGCCAUGUUGGAUUCAUUUCGAACAUUAUUCUUUUGAUCUGGACCGCUUACUCCGUCAUUAUAUAUGCUCUUCCGGCAGUCAUGCCGGUGGAAGCAGGAAAUAUGAACUAUGUCUGUGCCGUUUAUGUGCUGAUUUUCUUGGUCGUUAUGCUCGAUUGGUUGCUUCGUGGCCGCAAGACGUACAAGGGCUCUGCUCAUGAGCCGGUUCUUGAUGGGGUUCCCAUGGCGUAG